UGUUCUAGCCACUAGUUUCUCCUCCUCCUCCUCCUGGAAAAAGCACAAGUCUCAGUCGGGAUCUCAUCGUAGUUCGGUUUGGGGCUCGAUCGGUUCGGUUGGGGCCAUAUAAUUUUAUCUAGUGACUGUGCCCCUGGGACAGGAUGCUCGUUUGAUCUUUGGACUGGAUUAAGGCAAAUGCGAUUUGAACAUGCUGCAUCUGCAUCGGCACCUGCAUCUCCUCCCGUUUCUCUGCGCUAUUUUGGGAUACUUUGCGGAUCCGGCCAGAGCGGAGAUCGAAUACAAUACCAUCAACGAGGAUGGAUCUUUUCAGUUUCGACAUGCAAAUGAUGACAUUGGCGGCUACUAUCACAGCGCCUCGGGCACUCCGGACAACACGGUGCGAGGUCGCUACGGUUCGCGGAGUCCGGCGAGCGGACAGAUCGAGGAGACGGUCUACACAGCCGGACCACGUGGGUUUCGCGUGAACGGACCGAAGAUCCAUCGCAAAAUGGACCUGGCCCAGUAUCCGGUACUGCCGCGUGGAAGUCCCGACGAUCCGCUGGCCGAUCCCUUCGACGAUCCCUCUUACAGCUUUAGUUUUCGUACUCCAGAUCAGUCGCGCAGCGAGGAGAAUGAUUCGGGCAAUAGGAUAAGGGGACUAUACUCCUAUCUGGACGAUGUGGGCGAGCGGCACAGUGUUCGCUAUGCGGCCGGUGCCGGAACUGGUUUCGAGAUCUCCAAUGCUGUGCCGGAUAGUCCGUCCACGGUGGCCUACUCCAGUCCGCUGUACAAGUCACACCCCAAAACGCGUGGCAAGAUGGCUGUUCAACGGGGACCUGCUGGGAGCUACAAGCUGAUUGCCUCCGGUCCGGAUCACCGGCGGGCAGAGAGUAGAGCUCCAGAUGGGCUGGUGCGGGGCACCUACUCCUUCCUGGACGACAAGGGCGUACAGCGGACAGUGGAGUACAUCGCAGGAGCGGGAAUUGGCUAUCGGGUGGUGCAGAACCGCAUUGGACCUGGCACCCACAUAAAUCCCUCCGUGGCCGAUUUCCGCCUGGCAGAUCCCGAUUUUCGACUGGCCAAUGACUUUGGCAGGGGUGCAGGCGGGCGAUUGGGUCCCAAAGGCGGUGCGGUGGGGGGAGCAGGUGGCUCGAGUACUGCGGGAGGAUCAGCAGCUGGAACGGGUGGUGGUGCAGGCAGGGGUCGCACUCCAGGCAGACCAGGUGGCAAAGAUUACCUAAAGCCAGCUGACGGCGGAAGAGCUAGGGAUCAGGGUGCGGGAGAUGCGGGAGCAGCUGAUGAGGAUCUCGGACCCGAUGGGGACAAUCAAGAGGAUGACGUCGGACUAAGCAGCAGCUCCUCCGGCUCCACCAACUUUCAGGACAAAGAGGAUCGCAGGGGCUUCGCAGCGGGAAGUUCCCAACGUGGCAGCACCAGAUACGAUGGCGGAGGCAGUAGCUCACAGAGAGGUGGCGGUGGUUCCAGUGGUGCUGGUUCCAAAGCUGCUGCUGCUGCUGCUGGUGGUGGCUCUGGUGGAGGAGGUGCCUACGCCGGACGGGGAGUGGGCAGGGGCAAGCCAUCCGGCCGGGGAAGCGUUCGCCGCGGAGGUGGCGGUGUCGCAGCCUCCGGUGAAGGCGACUCCGGCCUGGGCUACCUGCCGCCCACAGGUGGAUCGGGCACUAGUGCCAUCAGCGGACCCGGCGAUAACUACCACCUCAACGACGACGAUGUGGGCAGUUCCCUGCCGCCACUGGUCACCGCCAACCACCGCAUCCUGGAGAUCGAUCGGGAUCGGGAGUGGGUGCAGCGCCAUCGCGACUCCACCGUCAUCAAGAACGUGGGCAAAUGGUAUGUGGGCCUGCCCCCUGGCCAAAGUGUGCGUGCCCAUGUUCAGAACAUCGACAUUGUGCCGCUGGGCGGACGCAUUGGUCUCUCGCCCUCGGAGGCACUGCGUCAGGACGAGAUCGCCGAGCUGAAUGCCUCGCGGGAGCACUAGUUCGGAGUACUCCCCGCCUCCGAUCGGAUCUGUAGUUCGUAGUGCCUAGCUCUAAGUGAUCAGUGUUGAGUAACCGAAACCGGGUUGACUCCACAUGGAAACUGUAACAGUAUUUAAAGCGGAAUACACUUUACGUCUGUA